CAGGGAGAGAGCAUAAAUCUCGUGUUCAAUCUAUCUAAUCGUUUAUAUAUUUUUCUCGCCAUGGCAUCCUACCUGAUUACAGGCGCUUCACGUGGCAUUGGUCUUGCCACAGCCCGCACACUGGCCUCCAAACCCGCCAGCGAAGUCUCCGUCAUCUUUGCAGCGGCACGUACCCAGACCGAUGAUCUAAAACGUCUAGUGGCGCAGUCCCCCGGGCGAGUUCAUCAUGUAUCCAUGGAUGUCGAAAUCAAGAACAGUAUACAACCCGCGGUUGCGACCGUUGAAAGCGUACUAUUGGGGAAAGGCCUUGAUGUCCUGAUUAACAAUGCCGGUAUCAUGCCCUCAACCCGGGGCGGCAUUGAGAAUAUGUUAGCGGUAAUACUCCUGAUUCCAUAUAUUGCGCUAUUGACUGUCAAUAGGGAUAACUUGGACUCCGUCUUCCACACCAAUGUCACCAGUGCCCAUUUGGUAACAAGUGCCUUCUUACCACUGCUUAAGAAAGGAAAUCUGAAGAAAGUGGUAAACAUCUCGACAACACUUGGCUCAAUCACGAUGGCACCCAGGUUCGCACUUUUUCCAGUGCCAGCUUACAAAGUUAGUAAAGCAGCACUGAAUAUGCUUACCACGCAAUACGCGCAGUCUCUCGCGGAUCAGGGAUUCACGUUCCUUGCAAUCUCGCCGGGUUGGGUAAAGACAGACCUUGGUGGAGAGAGGGCGGAUAUAACAGCUGAACAGAGUGUACAAGGUCUGUUGGAUAUCAUAGUUCCUGCAACUCAAGAAGAUAAUGGGAAAUUCUUCAAUAUUCGAGUUCCCGGAUGGGAGCAGGCAGAAGGGUUGAACCAAUAUGAUGGAGAAGUGGUGCCGUGGUAGGCCAUAUUGGAGUCUCCCGCCUACUUUUGAUCUGUCCUUCUCGAUCCCAUAUAUACUUUGUGACGUCGACCCUUCUGCAGAGGUGCAGGCACGAUAAUAUCAUCCAAUGACACUGCAUUACAC